AUGCCCAGGAUGAGACAAGUUCGCCAGAGGUUAGAUUUCAGUCCCGGUGAUGAAGACAGCAGCUGUAGAGGAACAUCAGAGGACCUGAGUUUUUUGCCACUACUCAGAACAUGGGAAGAGUUUUCCAGAAUCGGGCCUGAAUGUAAAGAACAUGAAAAGAACCUAAAUGAAGACUUUCUGAGCUCCGUACGAUCUCCUGCACUGCAAACAGAUAAACCGAGAGACCCAGAGACAGGUAGAAGCUCCUCAGCCAUCUCACACAGAGAAACAUCUCCAUCACAGCAGUGUCUGAGCUCCUCAGCUAAAUCUGAUCUCUUUGUGUUUCAGUCUAAAAGAGAUUAUUCUGCGCAAAAGGCAGAAAAUCUGCAUUCAUCCGUCACUCCAAAAUCAGAGAUGAAGAGACGAGGGAUCAAUAUAAACCCGUUCACUCCAGACUCCCUCCUGGUCCAGGCCAUGAGCGCAAAGAGAAGCCGCAAUAACGGAUUACGUCCCAAAGACUCAUGCGAGGACUCUGAAGAAGAAUUCAUCCCUCCAUUAAAGAGAAAGAGCGCUGUGGUGAGACAAACAUCUCGCUAUACAUCUGAAUUCUACGAACUGGAGAAAAUCGCGUCUGGAGAGUUUGGGGCCGUGUACAAGUGUGUAAAAAGACUCGAUGGUUGUGUUUACACCAUCAAGCGCUUCAGGUCACCGUUAGCGGGUUCUGUGGAUGAGCAGAAAGCUUUAUGGGAGGUGUACGCACAUGCCGUGUUGGGACAGCACCACCAUGUGGUGAGGUAUUACUCUGCCUGGUCAGAGGAUGGACACAUGCUGAUCCAGAACGAGUACUGUGACGGAGGAACACUCGAGCACCUCAUCGUGGAGAACCGGAGAACGUCGAAGUUCUUCUCUGAAGCUCAGCUGAAGGAUUUGCUUCUGCAAGUCUCCCGGGGAUUGAAGUACAUCCAUGCAGCUUCUCUCGCUCACAUGGACAUCAAGCCGAGUAAUAUAUUUCUAUCAAGGAGAGCCGCCGGUCACGAUGCAGACGUCAAGGGAUCGAGUGCAGAUUUUGUGUACAAAAUAGGAAAUCUUGGUCAAGUGACUCGCAUAAGCAGAGAAGAGGUAAAUUUACUCCUCUUUUCUAAACCAGUACAAUGUGGCUACAGGAAUCUACCUAAAGCAGAUAUCUUUGCACUUGCACUCACAGUACUAACUGCCUGUGGGGCAAAAAUGCUCCCAAAGUUUGAGGAAGAGUGUCGUAUCAUACGCAGAGGGAAACUCCCAGCUGUAGCUCAAGUGCUUUCAGAAGAAUUUCAACAACUACUCAAGCUCAUGCUUCAUCUGGACCCCGUUCGCAGACCUUCAUCCUCAGCCCUCAGUAAACAUGUCAUCCUCCAGCCUGCCUCCACACCGAGUGUCUGCAUCCUGCGUGAAAAGCUUCACGCACAGAAGCUCAGAAACGCACUGCUACUGAAAGAGCUGAACGAGAUCCAGUCGGCCACAGAAGCUGCAGAACCGAACGUUUCUUACAGGACCGUGACCUUCUGCAGGGGAAACAAGUGCAAUGGAUCAUCAGAACCAGUCGGGAAAAAGAUAAAGCGAUCACUCAGUUUAACCAUGGCCUGAAAUCAUCUGAGACCAUUUUGUUUGUGAACACUAGGUUCUGAGUGUGAAUAGAUAGAUAGAUAGAUAGAUAGAUAGAUAGAUAGAUAGAUAGAUAGAUAGAUAGAUAGAUAGAUAGAUUGAUAGAUAGAUAGAUAGAUAGAUAGAUAGAUAGAUAGAUAGAUAGAUAGAUAGAUAGAUAGAUGUGAAUGACAAAAUACCACUGUGCUGUAAUGUGUGGCGAAUUUAACAGCUCUUUCAGUAUUGAAGGAUGUAGUGGCUUUUUACCAUAAAUGUAAAAGUCAUAGAAAAAUAAUAGGUAUAUUAUACAUAUAAAAUUUGUCUUUUUUCACUUAUGCUGUUUAUUUAUUAAUUGCCAAUUUCACUUUAUUGUAAGACUUCACAAUAAGUUUACAGUAUUUUUCUUAAAGAUGUAAAUUGCUGUCACUGUCAUUUUGUGACUUGCUGUGUUUAAGUAGCACUUGAAUGUAAAAGCAUUACACAACCUGUUCCUGAAUGUUUCAGUUAAACGAAUUG